CCGAUCGCGAGAGUUAGCCUCGGUAAUGUGAAUGUGAAUUAACGCGGGGGUUAAAUGAUCUUUAGUGAAACACAGAAGCAUUUUCCGUCACAGCCUCCCGCAGAAGAAGAUAAUGAUCGCUUUUGGUGAUCCCCGCUAGUGAGAGGAUCCUAAGAGAAACUGGAGCCCUUUAGGAACUAAUUUAAUCUCCUUUGUCAGUGGACGGUGUGUGGAUCAUCAGGGCUCGGUGCGCUCCGGAAUGGAGAAGUAUGAAAAACUCGGCAAGAUCGGCGAAGGGUCAUACGGCGUGGUGUUCAAGUGCAGAAAUAAAGACACGGGGCAAAUCGUCGCUAUCAAAAAGUUUGUGGAGUCGGAAGACGAUCCCGUUAUUAAAAAGAUUGCCCUUAGGGAGAUCCGGAUGCUGAAGCAACUGAAGCACUGUAACUUGGUGAACCUGAUUGAGGUGUUCCGAAGAAAAAGGAGACUGCACCUGGUGUUCGAGUACUGCGACCACACUGUCCUCAGUGAGCUUGACAGAUACCCCAGAGGGGUUCCAGAGCACCUGGUUAAAAGCAUCACCUGGCAAACUUUACAAGCCAUUAACUUCUGUCAUAAACAAAAUUGUAUCCAUAGAGAUGUGAAGCCAGAGAACAUACUUAUCACAAAACACCAGGUCAUCAAACUCUGUGACUUUGGCUUCGCUAGGAUCCUGACGGGUCCGUGCGAUUAUUAUACGGAUUAUGUGGCUACUCGUUGGUACCGAGCCCCGGAGCUGCUAGUGGGGGAUACGCAGUACGGCCCUCCAGUGGACGUGUGGGCAGUGGGCUGUGUGUUCGCUGAGCUACUCUCAGGCGCACCCCUGUGGCCAGGCAAAUCAGAUGUAGACCAGCUGUAUCUGAUCAGGAAAACAUUGGGUGAUUUGAUUCCCAGGCAUCAGCAGGUUUUCAGCAGUAACCAGUUCUUCAGUGGAGUGUGUGUUCCUGAACCACAAGAAAUGGAACCUCUGGAGCAGAAGUAUCCCUCCACCUCCUACCAGACGCUGAGUUUAAUGAAGGGUUGUCUGCGUAUGGACCCUGCAGAGAGGCUGUCCUGUGAGCAGUUGCUGGAGCACCCCUACUUUGACAGUCAGCGAGAGGAGACGGAGAGCACCACACGAGAGCUUGACCGAGCGAGGAGACGGGUGCACCAGCCCCGUAAACACCUACCCCCGGGGUAUUUUCCUCAGCUGACAAGCAGCAGUAUCUUCCCAGCUGUGGAGAACAGAAAACAGUACAACAACCUGCGCAAGUUCAACUACCACUUCCCCAACAUCUAACUGCAGUGCUCGGGCACACACUACACUCCAGAGUAACCUAGCACAUGCUCACAUGACUCUGUGUUGUUACAAAUCCACAGACAUACACAUAUGCACACCACCUGUCCUCUUCUGGUCUUGCUCAGGGAAAAAGAAAACAUGCCUGAGGCUGGUCUGCUGAGCAAAACGCUGCAUUCAGCUUUGUAGCAGUAAUACAAUUGCACCCUCUGCUGUUGGAGCAGGUGUGUGUCGGUUCGCCAACACUGAAUACAGAGAUGAUAUGACAGUC